AUAAUUGAUCGGGACAGCUGUAAUCCAUCCUUCCGUGUGUCCGUGUAUGUGCACGGCACAGUGUACAGUCAUUGAUCAUGUCGUGAGUCGCAGGAACCGGAGGGUUCUUGACUGAGCAGAUGCCGCCGGUCGAGAAGCAGCCGGAUCAGUCCGUCUUCACCUGGGGUCUCCGCUGCGACAACUGUGGCUUCUUUUUCUUUCUUCCUCUCCUGCGACCAAGUUGGACUGAGGCUGCCGCUACCGCGACCCCCGCCAUCUGCGGAUGUCCCUGACCAAUUCAAGCGUCUUCCUGCUCAAAGAGGGUUCAGCCGAUUCCUGCACUAGUCGACCCUCUGAUUCCGACCUGUCCCUGGAGGAGGACCAGGAGGCGUCUCGGCGUGAAGCCGAGCGCCAGGCUCAGUUGCAGUUGGAAAGAGCCAAGUCUAAGCCUGUGGCGUUUGCAGUGAAAACCAAUGUGAGUUACUGUGGAGCCCUUGAUGAAGAUUGUCCAGUCCAAGGUGCCGCUAUUAACUUCGAAACCAAAGACUUUCUGCACAUAAAAGAGAAAUACAACAAUGAUUGGUGGAUUGGUCGGCUGGUGAAGGAAGGGGCAGACAUCACUUUCAUCCCAAGCCCAGUCAAACUGGAAGCCAUGAGGAUAAAACAAGAGCAGAAAGCAGCAGCAAGGAAAGGAGGGAAUGCUUCAUCCGGAGGCUGGAGGUCCACCCCGCCAUCUGCAGCCAAACAGAAGCAGAAGCAGACUGAACAUCUUCCUCCUUAUGAUGUGGUUCCUUCUAUGCGGCCAGUGGUGCUGGUGGGCCCUUCACUGAAAGGAUAUGAGGUAACGGACAUGAUGCAGAAAGCCUUGUUUGACUUCCUGAAGCACCGAUUCGAUGGCAGGAUCUCUAUUACACGGGUGACUGCUGAUUUGUCACUGGCGAAGCGAUCAGUGCUGAACAAGAAGGCCAUAAUGGAGAGAUCCAACACCCGCUCCAGUCUCGCUGAGGUCCAGAGCGAGAUAGAAAGGAUCUUUGAGCUGGCCAAGUCUCUUCAGCUGGUUGUCCUGGACGCAGACACCAUCAACCACCCAUCACAGCUCCUCAAAACUUCUCUGGCUCCCAUCAUUGUCUACGUCAAAGUGUCAUCCCCUAAAGUUCUUCACAGGCUGAUCAAAUCUCGAGGGAAGUCGCAAAGCAAACACCUCAAUGUUCAGAUGAUGGCAGGGGACAAGCUGGCGCAGUGCCCACCUGAGAUGUUUGAUGUCAUCCUGGAUGAGAAUCAGCUGGAAGACGCAUGUGAACACCUUGCAGAGUACCUGGAAAUAUACUGGCGGGCUACACAUCUCCCCUGUUCUGCCCCUGUUAACCCCUUACUGGACCAAAGUGUGGUCACCCCACCCUCAGCUAACUCCAGCCAACAGUUUUCUGAGACUCAAGAGUUGAUAGAAUGAUCACCACCACUGACAGAGCUUGUGCUGUCGGCUGGGGGUCAAGACUAGGAAGUCAAAGCACAGGGACCAGGGCGCCACCAGGGGGCAGCAGCAGCCCGCAUCUCUCCUACGCCAGCCACCACCACCUUCUCUGACCACACCUUGGACAAAGAAGAGAACAAGAGCAGAGUCCCCUUCAGGGAGACAGGGCAGUAGGUUGGCUAUCUGGAGGAAGAGGAGACACAAAGACAGGGAGAGGAGCGGGAGGAGGAGGAGGAAGAUUUUGACCAGCGCCAUAACAGACAGAGGAGCCUCCACCUCACUGCUGCCCCCUCGGCAAGAGCCCCCUGCUCCCACUGCCACGCGACAACUCAGGGCCGCUUUCUACAGCUGCAUGCAUACUGGUAACAAAAGCCAGUAGAGCAGUGCAGUCACUGCACACCACCUUCUUCCAGCCAUCCUCCUCCUCCUCCUCUUCCUCCACCACCCUGACAUUGACCUUGUUCCCAAUUCCCUGCUUUCACAUCGGAAGUCACUGGGACGAGCUAGCCCAUGUGUUUCUAGGCGCCCAGAAAGUGGCCACCCCAGACACAGAUAGGCUGGUUCAGCUCACACUGUAGACAAACUGCACACCUGUGAAGUCGGAGUAUGUAAGCAUUCGUUACUGUAGCACAGCGAAGUUGUCAGUAUCACACAAAACACAAACAUAUAGUUGCACAGUUUACCAAUUUAGGGUUGCCAUGGUUUUCAAUGAACCCGGUCUCCCACUCUGACCAAAGAGAGCAGAGAGUAACAGAAAACCAAUUCUGUAUGUCUUCCAUCUCCACAGUUCUCUGUGAGCUGUCAUUCCAAUUUAACCAAAUGUUUCCUCAAAGGCACUGCUGUUUCUAUCAGAGUCCCCCCAGGGAAAUCCUCUUCCUUUAUCAUUCACUUCUUCUUUAUUCUCUUUAUUAAUUUUUUUUUUACAGUAACAAUCUAUACUAGUAUCUUUAUGUAUUUGGGCUCUCAAUACAGCUGAUGACAUGUCUGUACACGACAGUAAUGAAAACCCAUUCACACAGUGCAUCUUUUCGUCACAGCUGUGAAUGUAUGAAUGCUGACAUGUUGGCUUACGAAGGAUUAUCUAUGAUAACUGGUUUGAUUGCAAAUGGCCGGUGGCAUAUCAUACAAUAUAUGAACUAAAAUGAAAAUGCAAUUCAAUAUGUAGCAAAAAAUAAAACCAAACAAAUCCACAAAGUCACAUUUUGUUUCGAAAUGGAUUCUGACCAAUCACAUUUAACGGCCCAUACUGUACAAUACAUGUAAGUCCCUUACUGACGUAUAAUAUGGACUUUUUUUUAUCCCAGAGAAACUACUCACAUUUCCUCUUUCUAGCACAUUUUGGGGCACCCAGAAAAAAUUGCAAAACCAGAUAUCAGGAGAUUCCAUUACUCCUGAAGAGGACAGAUGCUUUGCAGGUCAAAUUUCUGGAUUCAGCAACAGCUGGUAUUUAUGUUGCUUACUGGCACCAAACUUCUUCUGGUUAUGGUUUUAAAAUAAAGCGUAAACCUUUGACUAGAGCAACUACUCUGUCCUCUUAUUGGAGUACACAUAACGUAAUAACUUAUAACUUUGUGUCAUGUUGAUCUUCAGUUCUCCAAUUGAACCUGAAAACACCUCUUUGAGUAUAUUCACUGACGGAGUUUCCAAAAGAUUGUUGUCAUUUGUUGUUGCAGUUAUUCAUACAAUAUUAGUGAUAUAUUUUAAAUUUGGUGGUGUAGUGGUAAAUCAAGAAGUGGGUGGACUAUAAACUCCUGUUGUCUCUGUUGAUGGUAGGUUGAGAGCAAGGUAGCUUUAGAUCCUCCCUCCACUACACCACUUUACUGCAACACUUCAAAAGCUUCAUCUCCGCGACAUUCAGGUUUCUGAGCACAUCGACAGCAUGCAAAGGGUUACUUCCCGCUAAGCCUAAUGAAUAAUUUGUCUAUUGGCUUGGACUGCUAAAAUCAGCUGCAGGUUUAUAAGUACAUGGAAAGCGCCCUCUGGUGGUACAUUUAUGUUAUUACAGGUCCUGUAUACACUGUUAAUUCUCUGCCCACUGACAACAAACUGCAGAGUAAAUAUGCAUCAACGUAAAAUAAGAACGUGCAAUUUCCAAUCACAAUACUGGUUGAGUGUCUUGGCUGCUGUUGCUAAAUGCUUCAUCCAACAGUUGCAAAGGCAUCAAUAAUCUCUUUAAUGUUUCUUUAAGCAUCUAUUUGCUUCCAUUUCAUGUCUAACAGUAACAAGCACAGACACCAAUGCAUCUGGUUUCAUCUUGUAAAGUUAUAGAGCUGAGCUAAUGGCAUACCACAUAUGUAGAUAAUAGAUGUAUGUGCAUGACAUAUUGUAUUGCUGUUUCAUCGGAAGGGCUUUUUAGGAUCAUCCUCACAUGAGCCAUUCACGUGUCAGAGUAAACCAACAUGACCUACAUAACCAAUCACAUGUAUGCAUUAUCACAGCUUAACUGUACAUAGUGUAUAUUCAAUAUGCAGAUAUCAUUAUUAUUAUUAUCAAAUUGCACAGAAACAACAAAUGUAGAAGGGUUUUAGUCACAGUACACAAAUCUAUAUUCAGCGCCUCAGAAAGCAUGUGUUUAUAUGUAUUCUCCUCUGUUUUUAGAAUGAUGCACUGCAGUUAUCUAGGGCCACCGCAAAGAUUGCUUCUGCUGACACCCACAUUCAUUUCUGAAGGACCAGGUUUGAGCUACAUAACUUCUACUCAAUGAAACACAGAGAGCACAGUACCUUCUUAUGAUUAAAAAACUGAAUAAAAAAACAAAACAAACAAAAAAAUAUAUAUCGGCUCCUCCUGUUUGCUUAAUUUUAACUGCAGGAAAUCUCUGCAAAAGGUGAAUUAUUCUUUGGACCUCCAAAGCACAAUUUUUUUACAAUUAUAAUUUCCUAUUGUGUUUCAAUUGCCUAAAUUCUGUAUGCAAUACAAAGUCUAGCAUUGUCAAGACACUAGCUGAGACUAUCAAGAUAUCUCCUCAGUUGUGAUGGGGUAUAAUUGCACUACUAUCAUUUAUAUGUCUGCUUUAUGAUGCAAUAAAUGCACUAAGUGUUAUAUGCUGUACCCACCUCCAAUACUGAACAAGCUGUCUGGUCUAAUGAUGAUGUCACUGUUUCCCACAGUUUCUGAAAAGUUGAUAAGAUACACGAUAUCCAACAGUGUCUGACGAUGAUGUGUACAGGGUGCAUCUUUUGUCUAUGGUACAUUGGAAAGAAGAGGUGAAUUAAAAAAACUACAUUUAAGUAACA